AUGGCAACGGAUGGUGUUGAGCCAUGGUUGAGACCCUGCGGCUGUCACGACGGAGAUUUCAGCACCGUCAGCACGCCGCUCAUCUGCGAUUCUGCGCCGGCAAGCUGCAGGCUCCCCGACGGCGCCUUGCUGGGUGGUGCAGCGGACCGGGGGUGUUUCUUUACAAACACCUGCAACCCCCGCUCCGGCAGCCUUGCCAGCACGCUCCUUGCACCCUUCACUCACUCUUUGCUUCCAGCACAUCCGUCGCGCAAGCACACCACACUUCGACAGUCGUUCCUGCCUCGUCGCCAGACCAAAACAACAAGUCUCAGCCCGUCGCAAGCCUCGCGCACCACUCUCUUCAAAUCCAAAAACACCACAACCGCAGUCACCGACACAAUGCGCUCCUUCCAGCAAGUCGUUCUCUUCCUCUUCGCGCUUGUCGCGUUCGUCGCCGCCCAGGACACCCAGUCCUACGACGCGACCGUCUAUGUCACCUCCACCAUCUACAAGGUCAACACCGUCACCAUGUCGAGCAGCCCGGCGUACGAGGUCCACAACUCGACCUCCACCAUCUCCGCCCCCGCUGUGUCCACCUCUGCCUACGCUGUCCCUGCCAACAGCACCGCGCCCUACCCCACUGGCACUGGAGCCUCAUCCGGCGCCCCCGCUGCGCCUUCUACCACUGAGUUCCCCGGCGCUGCCUCUGGCCUCUCCGUCAACGGCGCGCUCAUCGCCAUGUUCGCCGCUGGCCUCGGAUUCCUCGCUCUAUGA